AUGUCAUUGAUUAGAGUAUGGGGUGACAUGAUACUAAUGAUAGAUAAUUUGCAAUUCACUUUACCUCUGUUGAUAACAAUAUUGAAAGUAUCAAUUAUGUGGAGCAAAAAGGAAGCCUUAAUGCCAUUAAUUGACAUGAUUACGAAGGACUGGAUAAAAACGAAGAUAGAAGAAGAACGAAACGUUAUGCUGCAACAAGCCAGAAUCAGUCGCAUAUUCACCAUGUGCGGUGGGCUCAUGAUACUUUCAACACUAGUUAUUGGUAUCGUUCUCCCGUAUUUUGGAUUGACACUCAGGCAGGUGACGAACCUGACCGACCCUGGAAAACCUUUGUCAAUACAAUCGUACUAUAUAUACGACGUAUCCAAAAGUCCACAGUACGAAUUGACGUUUCUGAUGCAAGGGAUCGGGCAGACACUGUCGGGAUUCACUUACACUGCGGUAGACACCUUCCUUGGAUCAUUAAUUCUGCACAUUUGUGGCCAGAUGAAGAAUUUGCAGACGCGGUUAGCAAAUUUGGGGAAAAACACAAAUUACAAGGUGGCUUUGAAAUACAAUGUUAAAGAUCACAUCCGCUUGAUCAGAUCUAUCCAAAUAAUUGAUAAUACUUUUCAUUUAAUGCUGCUCGGUCUGUUCUUUUUAUUUGGUGUACUAUUUUGUCUUCAAGGAUUUCUAAUAGUUAAUGUUAUUAAUCAAGGAGGUCAUUUAUCAGUUAUGCAAUUGAUUUGGUUCCUUGCCGCUAGUGUAUGUGUUUUGUUGCACAUGUGUCUCUACUGUGUGGCAGGUGAAUUUCUCGUAACGCAAUCUGAAAAAAUGCAUCGUACCAUAUAUGAAUCUGAGUGGUACAUUGUCGAACCACAGUUAGCAAAAGACUUAAUACUAAUAAUGCUGCGUGCGAAUAAACCACUCUACGUCACAGCAGGGAAAACAUUUCCCUUGACAAUGGCCACGUUUUGUAGCUUAUUGAAAACAUCGGCAGGCUAUAUCUCUGUGUUACUUGCCAAUCGAGAUUAA